CGAUGAACUGUCGUACUGUCCAUAUCGAAUAAGCUGGCGAUAAAUCCUAGUUCGACAUGGAUAUGACCGCCAUUUGUGGCCCAGCCCUUCACCGCAUCUUAUACCAUGCAUAUGCUUACUCGGCCAUUUACAAUUGUCGGGACUUAUUCUACCCCGGAUUCUCUGUCAUCGUAUUUAUAUAUGGUUACUCCAUACUUCUGCAUACUGAUCGGAUAAUCCAACUCGGCCUUCAUUCGUCGAUUGAUAUUCGCCACCACUUUUUUCGCACAUUGCUCGGUCAAACCAACCAAUACAGAACAUCACUUCUCUGCAAUAGCAUCAGCCCUAUAUUAAACUCAUAGAGUUUGCUAGGGACAUCUCGUCCCUUGAUCAAUGUCCCAUUGUCCCACUAGUCGAUGUCGGUAAC